AUGGUUCGUCUAAGGGAAAUUCCCAGGACAGCUGCCUUUGCCUGGUCGCCAGGACCCGAUACACCUCUGGUUGUUACCGGCACUCGAGCUGGAGCGGUUGAUGCAGACUUCUCUGAUGAGACAAAACUGGAGCUUUGGGAUCUGAGUCUGGAUGACCUGGAGCAAGGAGUCGAGCUUCAACCUAUUGCCAGCAUUAGUACAGAUUCUAGAUUCCACGAUAUUGCAUGGGCACCUGCCAAUGCCGACCACCCUCGGGGCAUAAUUGCUGGAGCUCUUGAGAAUGGCUCACUGGAUCUUUGGGAUGCUGAGAAGCUUAUCAAAGGGGCCGAGGAUGCUUUCAUGUCACGCACAACGAAACACACGGGAGCAAUCAAGUCACUUCAAUUCAAUCCCUUGAAGCCACAGAUUCUUGCGACGGCCGGCGCAAAAGGGGAGCUCUUUAUUUACGACAUUAACGACAUUGCGAACCCAUUCAGACUCGGAACAGCAGCGGCUCGAUCAGAUGAUUUGGAAUGCGUAGCAUGGAACCGAAAAGUACCACAUAUUUUGGCAACCGGUGGGAGCGGAGGAUUCGUUACGGUAUGGGAUUUAAAAACGAAGAAGGCGUCCCUAACCUUGAACAACAAUCGCAAAGCUGUCGGAGCCAUUGCUUGGGACCCGAACAACGCGACAAAACUUUUGACUGCGACGCCUGAUGACUCGAGUCCUGUAAUACUCUUGUGGGAUCUGCGAAAUUCAAAUGCCCCAGAAAGAACACUUCAAGGACAUGACCAGGGCAUUCUUUCACUUUCUUGGUGUCAACAAGAUAGCGAUCUAUUAUUGUCCUGUGGGAAGGACAACAGGACACUUGUAUGGAAUCCGCAAACGGGAGAAAGCUACGGAGAAUUCCCUGAAGUGACCAAUUGGACAUUCCAGACAAGAUUCAAUCCUCACAACCCUGCUCUCUCCGCAACCGCCUCUUUUGACGGGAAAAUAUCUAUUCAAACAUUGCAAAACACAAAUCCAACCGCGUCACAAGCGCCCACACAAGCAGGUGACGGCGAGGACUUCUUUACCAAAGCUCAGACGCAGCCUCAAGGCGCUUCUUUCUCAUUGGGUAAAGCACCAAAAUGGCUGGAGCGACCUGCUGGAGUUUCAUUUGGCUUUGGAGGGAAGAUUGUAAGCUUUGGUCUGGUAGGAGAGGUGGCAGGUAAACCUCGAUCGUCCAAGAUUCAGAUUUCCAACUUUUCGGUUGAUUCGGAUGUUGGCUCUGCCACGGAAGCAUUUGAAAAGGCGCUUGUUGCAGGUGACAUCAACAGCAUCUGCCAAUCACAUAUCGAGCAAGCUAAGUCAGAUGAAGAAAAGGCGGAUUGGAAAGUCAUCGAAACACUGAUCUCUGAAAACCCUCGUAAAAAGGUAACUGAGUAUCUCGGUUUCACGGAUGACGUGGAUGAGGCUAGUCCUGAAGAUUCAAAUACAACCACAUCUGAAAUAGAGAAAGCAGAAGACACCGCUGCAGACUCUAAAGCGGAAUUCAAAGCUGGACACAAGUCUAGAUUGUCUCAUUUCUUUGCUGAUGGCGCAGAAGGAGACGACUUUCUCUCGUCUAUUUCAGCAACCAAGGACGCGAAAACUCAUGACCCAUUCCAUCUGUUUGCCGACGCAGAUUCGCAAUCUGAAAAGCAAAUCACAAAAGCUCUUAUGCUGGGACGCUUCGAAAAGGCCAUGAAUAUUUGCAUCAAGGAGGACCGCAUGGCUGAUGCACUUAUAAUCGCAAACUGUGGCGGCAAAGAGCUUCUUGAGAAAGCACAGGCUGCUUAUCUGUCUCGCAAAACAGAUGUUCCAAACUAUCUUCGCUUGCUGACUUCUGUUAUCGGAAAGAAUCUUUGGGACAUUGUCUACAAUGCUGAUCUCUCAAACUGGAAAGAGUCAAUGGCUACGUUGUGUACUUAUGCAAAUCCAGAGGAGUUCCCAGACCUCUGUGAGGCUCUAGGAGACAGGAUCAAGGAGGGCGGCUCUUCAGAAGAUGCUUCGUUCUGCUACUUAGUGGGGUCCAAGCUGGAGAAGGUUAUUACAAUUUGGAUUGCCGAGCUGCAAGAGGCUGAAAAGGCAGGCAUCCAGGAUUUGACGGGAGACUCAACCUUUUCUGUACACGCUCGUACCCUACAAAACUUCAUUGAAAAAGUCACUAUAUUCAGAGACGUUACCAAGUUCCAGGAUACAGAGCAAAAUGCUACCUCCGAUUGGAAGCUCGCCCCAUUGUACGAGAAGUACACCGAGUAUGCUGACAUCGUUGCUGCUCAUGGGCAUCUAUCAAUUGCCGAGCGAUAUCUUGACUUGCUACCCACUCAGUAUCCGGCAGCAGAGGUCGCACGAAGUCGCGUUAAAUCUGCUUUGAAAAAGGUACCAGCAAAGGCUGUACAACAGCCAACUUUGGCCUCCAGAAACGCGCCUCGUCAGCCAGCGAAUGUUGGAUAUCAACCAGUCGGGACACCAACCGCCCAACCCUCGAGGGUUCCUUCGAAAAGCUUUGUACCCCCAACACCUGCUGCGUCUAAUCCUUACGCGCCCGCUGGAAAUGCAUAUGCUCCCCAGGGUUAUCAGCAACCACAAGCGCCCAACGCAUAUGGAGGGUAUGGUCAACCCCAAGCUUAUGGGGCUCCCUCACCUUAUAAUGCUCCAGCCAACGGCGCGCCUCCUUCUCAAUUUGCGACAGGACCACCACGCAACACACCUCCACCAACAGGAACUGGGGCACCAUAUUCAGCUAGAAACAAGGACAUGGCUCAGUGGAAUGAUACACCUAUGGUAGUCAAGCCGGCAACUGCAAGACGAGGCACUCCAUCAGCAGCUCCCAUCACAUCUCCUCUCCCAAAUCCGCAAAGUGCUAGUAUGACACCUCCCCCACCGCAGGCUGGCUUCGGUGGAAGAGUCGCUGCUACUCCACCUCCCCCACCACCCAAGGGACCAGCUCCACCACGUAUGAACUCGCCAUUGACGACUGGCCCUCCUCAAUCCUUCCACCAGCCACCUCCCAGACCUUCUUCUGCUGCGAACACAUAUGCUCCUCAAGCGGGUCCAUCGCCCUCGCAACAACAGUACCAUGCGCCACCUCCGCCAACGAUCCCCAGAGGUCCGUCUCCUUAUAACCAACCGCCUCCCGGAUCAGCUCCACCGAGCAGAUAUGCACCGUCGCCUGCACCACAACAAUACUCGCAACCACCAAAUCAACAAUCCAGUAUGGGUCCACCCCCGCAAGGAAUGAGGCCACCACCGCCUUCGAACCCAUACGCUCCUCCAGGUAAUGCACCACAAAAUGCGUAUGCUCCACCCCAACCUCAGUAUGGAGCCAGCCAACCACCUCCCUCUUUCCAAAAUCAGGGUCCGCCACCUUCACAGGGCCCCCCUCAAGGGCCACCACAAGGCUCACGUCCACCACCACCACAAAGCCAGGCACCCCAAGCUUCCCCAGCCCCACCAGCUGCGAGACCAAAACACCCUACAGGUGAUCGAUCUCACAUACCCUCAAACGCACAGCGAAUGGUAGAGAUCUUCAGCUCAGACAUGCAAAGGGUGGCCUCGAAAGCACCACCAUCCUUCGCCGCCCCAGUUAAGGACACGCAAAAACGGCUCAACAUUCUUUUUGACCAUUUGAACAACGAAGAGCUAAUCAAGCCUGAUACGAUUGAAAGAUUGAAUGAGCUUGCCGAAGCCAUCGCCUCUAAAAACUAUGAUGCAGCCUCCAGAAUCCAGGUGGAAAUUCAACGAGAGAAGACUGAAGAAUGCGGAACCUGGAUGGUGGGUGUAAAACGAUUAGUUAGCAUGAGCAAGGUUACACCAUAG